UUAUUAUGCGUGAAUGUGCGUGUUAAACUAUUAUUUUUUCUCAAUCCGAUGAACCGGGGAUAUUUCGUUGUUGUUUAUGAGAUCACAUUCGGAGAGCAGCCAGCGGAAAGAACAGGCAAAUAAUAAAUAUUCACACAAAAUGGAAUUGGAUAAUGGCAGUGUUGCGGAGAGGAAACCCAUUAAUGUGCCAAAUUCUAUUAAAAGAACUUCACUGAAUCCUUCCCUAACCAGUUCUAUAGACAAUGUUAUUUAUCCGCCGUCACAUCAGUAUCAUUACAUACAAUAUUAUCAACAGUUGCCCCCACAACAACAGCAACAAUUUCAGUUGCAACAGCAACAACAGCAUCAGUAUGCAAAUCCUCCUGCCGCUCUACUAUCCGCAGCAACAACAUGCCAGUGCAGCUGUUCCUGCGGUAAUCAAGCCCAACAAUUACAGCUGCAACAACAGCAGCAGCAACAGCAACAACAAAAACAUAAUGUUGCACAUCAUUCUCAUCAGAGUAGUGUGGAUUCACAAAUGGUUAAUGUUAUUGUGCAUCGACAGGCCAGUGGUGGCAGCAAUAGCAGUAGCAGCAACGAAAAUACCUCUUCGAACAACAAAACCAAUUCCUCCUCCUCCACCAACACCCAACAAGCCCUGGCUCACAACCAGGAUUUACCAAAAAAAUCACAAUCGGAGACAUCUUUACUAAAUCAUUCCUAUCAAGCUUUAAAAAUGUCCGAAUCCCUGACGGAAAACAUAUUCGAUUGUGCUUCGGGAGGUAAAAAGAAGCUAAAAAGAUCUUCUAGUUGUGAUUGCGAUUUAGAAUGUACGUGCGUCGAAGAUGACAACGAUGUCGAUGAGGAGGAGCAGGAGCUGGGGCUGGAGCAGGAGAGAACAGGAGAGGAAACCACAGCUAAACACAAUAAACGUAAAGAUCAUCAUCACCAUCACAGCACACAUCUGCCGCAUAAACAACAAUUUGUUUUGUCGGAAGCCAUGCUAACCGCAGACGAAAUAACGGUUAGUGAAUCGGACAACAACAGUACGACGGUAAAACGUUGUGAACGUAAUCAAAAUACUAAACUGAAAUCUCCUGGGAAGAACUCCAAUACGGAUGAUUUAAAUUAUCACAAUGCCAACAACAUUGAUAUUUAUAGUGAUGGCGACGCGGAGGCCAUAACAGAGGCAUGUCUGAAAGAAACAAAUGGAAUGCCGAAUGGAAGUGCAUCGGAUCUAAGGCCACCUUUGCCGCCCAGGCCGCCGCCUAGACCGAAAAUGGUAACGGGUUCAUCGAAUGCACGAGCACGUCCUGGUAUGGUUAUAAAAAAAUAUGUAAUCUGGUGUUUGGUAUGUGGUGGUUUUUCCUGCAUUUUGGGACUUUUAUUUCUAGGAGUGUAUUUCCUAUUGCAUUCUUAUACCAUAACUGUGGGUAAUUUUGAGACCGUUCCAACCUUUGUACCCGCCACUUUGCUCAUUCUUACUGGCUUGUGCGUCAUGAGUUUGGCAAGAAGGCGCAAUCGUUAUAGUUAUUUGAUAAAAUUAUCUGGUGCCUGUGGAUUAAUUUCGGCUUUAACAUGUGCCUUGGUGACGGUGACAACGACCGUGUUACAUAUGAGCCGUUUGCAGGCUCUACGAGAAUGCGAAUAUGCUCAAAAGACUCGAACGUGUACAUGUUAUUCGGACUUAAUAGAGUCACAAGUGGAUCGAGUAGAUAAAGAGGGAGUUCGAUUGGUUUUCGACUCUUUGUCGGAUUGUGGUGUGGUUCAUGGCUCUUUGUACUCGUGUCUCAGAGCAAUAUUUGGUUUAUCAGUAGCUGGAGUUUUAGUAGCGGUUUUUAGUUGUAUGCUUGUAUAUCAAUUGUUAAGCCACGAACGUAAGAAAAUGUAUUGGGAGCAGUUGGAACUGCGUUGUCGUUCUUUGUACACUCGCCCACAAAUACCGCCACAGAAUAUGGCUGCUGUUGCAGCUCCACAUGGCUGUAGGUGCUGUGAACAAUGCCAUGCCCACAGACAAGUUCCAUUGCAGGCAUCCGCUUAUCCCUGGGAUGAAACUACAGAACCGCGAUUUUGGUCUACACAACCGCCGGGAAACUUUUAUUCUCCCAAUCCGGGAGGUGAAGAUCUGACAGGCAUGGUACCUACUUGUCGUGGUCAUGAAAUGUCCACUUCUCGGAGUAGAGGUACUGGUUGGAGUUGGAAUCGUUGGUGGCAACGUAGCUCACCAGAUCCCAAUUCACGCUUUCGGCAGACACCUUCAAGUCCGGACUCACAAUAUGGAUUUUCCAAUAGCACCAAUAUGCCAGUAAAUACCUUAACGGAAGAGGUGGCAAAUGCAAAUCAAGGUCAAUUUAAUGUUAUACCAAAUAAUUUGCCAUAUGGAGUAUGGGGUCCCCCACCACCCUACAGUGAUCCCAAUAGCCCAGCACGGCGCGGCUACUAUCAGUAUAUUCAACCACCUCAUCAUAUGAACACUGCCACUGGUCAACCAAAUGUUAAUAAUAUAAUCAAUCCAAAUACCAAUGAAUCUGCUCAUGGCCAGUUCAUGGAUCAGCCGGCUGCAUCAAACUGUUGCCAACAAUCCUCAAUGCCACGAUCCAAUAACUCUGUCAUGGGUAGUGUGGGCAACUUCAAAUCUAAAGGAGAAUAUGAAAAUACUCCUUCUGACAGCGACUGCGGUGCAAAUGUAAGAGAGAGGGAUCGCUUUUCAAACACCUUGCCCACACGUAAAAUCAAGAAACGCUUAGAUCCAGGAAACAAAAGUAUUGGGCCCAAUUCUCAGAGCUCGCAACGUAUCAAUGUUCAACAGGUUUUUGCAAAUGUUGGCCAGGGUGAAGACGAACAAGAAUAUCAUGAACCACAAAGUUUAGGAGAGGAUUCCCUUACAUCUGUCCAACGAAAUAAGUGUGGAGUAGAGAACAAUGGCUUCCAGAAUAGCUGUGAAUCAACGAAUGCAGCUCAGAAUGUAGAACAACAAAUGCAAUCUUCUAGUGACCCCGCAGAAUCUGAAGUUUAUUUUGCGGAUGUAAGCAGCUGUUGCAAUAUGUCGGUGAAGAAUGAUCAUUACUAUGAAGAUACCAGGGCGUCGCAACGAACUUUAAUAGCACCCAAUCAACCGCAUCAUGUUCAUGGGCACUCACAUAACCAUAACCACAACCACAGCCAUCAUCAUCAUACACACGCCGUCAGUGCUCAACAUCAACAUCAGCACCAGCUCAGCAACUGUAGCAGCAGUAAUAACGAAGACUACCUGGCCCAACGCUUUGGACAGCGUGAAAAUUCCAUACGUAGUCGUCUUCCAUUUCCACAAAAUCCUCAUGUUGUUAAUGAUGGUUUCGUGGAGAAUCUUAAAAUGUUAACAACCACUGCUAAUAAAGAUAAUCAGCAACUGAAUCAUGCUCAAAUUCCCAAGGAUACAUCGCGACAAAGUAUGUGUUCUGUGGAUUCGGAGGCCAAGACUGAAUUUACCGACCUCUCACCGUUAACGCCAUGUAGUAAUAAGCUCAAUCAAUUACAAGAUUUUGUUGAAGCCAGCUCUCAGGGUGCCACCACCCCAACGAAUUUUGUAGCCUCGUAUCCAUUCUCAUCAGAAUCUCAAAGUUUAGAAGCCCACCGACGCUCAACCAAAAAUCUUACAGAAGCUCACUAUGAGGUUAUAGAUGACCAACAAACGGGUCAUCCGGCUGCCCGUAAUAUUGGUCGCACAACCAACAAACCCAAAACUCCCAUUAAGCUCACGGCCAGAGAACGCAAAGACAAUAGCGACAGAGAUUGGUCGUCGGAUAAUAGCAACGGUGAACGUCAUAAGUUAUGAAAUGAGGUUUUCGUUUAAAAUUAAAAGACACGAACAAGGUUCUCUCUGAAAUGAUAAUUAAUUUCAGCUGCGUUAGAUAAC